AUGGACACUGAAACAGCGAAGAUGUCUUCGCUCUCUGAAGAGGAUUUAUCUUGUCCUGUGUGUCGUGAAAUCUUCAAGGAUCCUGUUAUAUUAUCCUGCAGUCACAGUUUCUGUAGAGAGUGUCUUCAGCACUUCUGGAGGACUAAGGGCACUGAGCAGUGUGCUGUCUGCAGGAGAAUAUCAGUUUACAAGCCGCUGUGUAAUCUAGUGCUGAAAAACGUGUGCGAGUCGUUUUUAAAGGAAAGAAAAGAGAAAUCAGAGGAGAUCUGCAGUUUACAUAAUAAAAAGCUCAAGCUCUUCUGUCUGGAGGACAAACAGCCUGUGUGUUUAGUGUGUAUAACCUCACACCAACACGACCAGCACACAUUCAGACCCAUCGGUGAACUGGUUCAAGCCUAUAAGGAUAUCGAUACAGCAAUGAAGUCCUUAAAGGGGAGACUUAAACAAUACAACAACAGUAAAGAAGAGUUUGAGAAAACCAUUCAGCACAUCACGGCUCAAACGAAGCACACCGAGAUUCAGAUUAAACUCCAGUUUGGGAAGCUUCAUCAGUUUCUCCGCGAUGAAGAAGCUGCUACAAUCACUGCACUGAAGGAGGAAGAGGAGCAGAGUAAGCAUAUGAUGAAGAGGAAACUGAAUGAGGUGAACACGCGCAUCUAUGAAACUUCACACACGAUCAAGCGCACAGAGGUGAUGCUGAAAAACAAUGACAUCUGCUUCAUAAAGGAUUUUCUAGUCUCAAUGGAAAGGUUCCAGUCUUUGUUUCCAGAUCCACAUAUCCCUUCUGGAGCUUUGAUUCAUGUGUCUCAGUACUUGGGAAACCUGCAGUACAGAGUGUGGAAGAAGAUGCAGGACAUCGUCCACUACACUCCUGUGAUUCUGGACCCAAACACUGCUCAUCCACAUCUCAUCCUGUCUGAUGAUCUGACCAGCGUCAGAGAGAGCGAGGACAAACGUCAGUUUCCUAAUAAUCCUGAGAGAUUUGACAGUUUUCCGUGUGUGUUGGGCUCAGAGGGAUUUAGAUCAGGGAAGCACAGCUGGGUUGUGGAGGUGAGCUACAGUUUUUACUGGAAUCUGGGAGUGACGACAGCAUCGAACCAAAGGAAGGGCCGUGAUUUCUAUGACACUGAUGUCUGGAGCGUGGAGUAUUAUGAGAAUCCUCCACAGGAUUCACUGAACUCCAGUGUGUCCACUUGUUUUACGGUCACGCAGAAGCUGCAGUGUGUGAAGGUUGAACUGGACUGUGAUGCAGGAACUGUGAGUUUCUCUGAUCCUGCAACAAACACACAUCUACACACAUUCACAGCCACUUUCAGUGACACUGUCUUUCCCUUCUUCUGGGGUUUUUCUUAUCAGAAGAUCUUGCCGAUCAAUAAGCAGUAAAUGUUAAAGCUGUAGCCUGGGCACGGUUGCAUUAAAAGCCUUAAGUAUUUUUGACUUACGGGUAUCCCUGAGAAACGAAAAAAUCCCUGAGGUAAGGGGUUUCAUUAAAGGAAAAUAAUACACUUUUGUUGGAAUUAAGCUAUUUUUAAGAGUAACGCAGGUGAGUUUCACCACCUUUUAAAUCCAUUCAGCUGAACUCUGGCAGGAGCACUGUUAGCUUAGCUUAGCAUAGUUCAUUGAAUCAGAUUAGACCAUUAGCAUCUCAUUCAAAAGUGACCCAAAAGUUUCUAUAGUUUUCCUAUUUAAAGCCUGACUCUUCUGUAGUAACAUUUUAUAUUGACACCAAAGGAAAAUAAACACUUGCUCACAUCGUAGGACUGAUAUGACUAGGAACUACAGUAGACAACAUUCGAAGUGAAUCAAAAAUGCUUUUCAAAAUUGUCCCAAGACAAGAGUGGGUGUUGUUCAAUCAUUUUAGGACAACUUUGAUCUAAGAUGAUCCACUUCAAAUGUUGACUACUGUGUACUCUCAUUCUGGCUUAAUAAUCAAGAAACUUUACCUUACGUACCAUCUCCGACACUUACACAUAGGGUUGCGACUAUACUGGAAUUCAGCACCAUCCAUACUGAACUUUUAAAAACAUCUAUUUCCCGCUAACAUUUCAGCGCUGUUGAGCUGCUAGUUGUAAUAUGAGUAAUAUCAUUGCUCCUCCUUCAGUCAUGGUAUGUCAGUAAAGGUCAUUGAUAUUACACUUGAAUGAGAGUAUAGUUAUUUUUGAGUAAGAUG